UGCAGGGAUGUUACAGUUUAAAAUUGAAGUAAGUGUGCACGACAUUUUGAUUUGAAACCACUCAAUGACUUCAGAAAAGGGAUUGGUGGAGGCAGGUCAUUCCUGCAUUUUGUGGCAGCGUAACGAAAACUGCCACGAAAGGCCGCUGAAUGGUGACCAGGACAGACAAGUUGCAGGUACCUGGAUGACCUGACCUUGGAGGAUCUGGAGUUAUGAGCCCAGGUGAGCUUAUUAUAAAGGUACGAAGGCAUCCGGUAGUACACAAUGCCAAAUAUAAGCGACGCUAAGUAGAGCUUAUGACGUGUGGACAUUUUCAUAAUAUGAUAAAUACCUUUUAAACUAACAUACAUAUUCAUUUUUUAAACUUAAAACUGAACACUAUUUAUGCGACAAAAAGUCAUGGCUCAGUAGAAUUGGCUGUUCCUGUGUCGAUUGUCGGACACCUUUCGGCCAGAAGUCUGCGGACUCGAUGGUCCCCUGCAGCGGUCGCGGCACGCGCAUAACAGCGUGUAACCGGUCUUCUGGUGUACAUACUCCACUACUUCAGCAGCCGUGACGAUAAUGCAGGCGCAAGGCGCAACGCAACACUUACAGCGUCUACUCCGUGUAGCAGCCCGCAAGCCAGAAUGAGCCGUUUAGGGUUUAGUACCCAAUUCGCCGGAUUCUUGUUUCAUCGGAAAUAUUAAUAUACAAUAUGUAUUAAAAUCAGUUAGGUAAAGAAAGCGUGUGGUUAUAUUUUAUUAUUGUAUGAAUUAUUAUUUUAUUGUUGCACAAUAGGACAUUUACCUAGAAACCGGUUCGUUUCAUAUUUUCAAGGCAACGGCGUUAUUUUAUUUAAUAAAUACAGGUAAAGCCACGAUUCCAUAGUUUUGUUUGAUUUUCUGUAACUGAAAAAUUCCGGCGAAACAAGAAUUCGACGAAACAAGAAUCCAGCGAAUUGGGAACUAAUCAAUUCGGUGGUGCCUACCACCAUACCACGAGUCUUACGAGGCACCGUGCGCGCUUUCUUUUUUCUUGACACGAGUGUGAAGUCCUUGAGAGGAACUCUGCUUGGGAGCCGGUCGGCUGGAUCUUUAUUUAUAACUUGUGACCAUCAACCAAUGGAUAUAUAAUAUAAUGCCCACUACAUCAGCGCACUAACUUGUUAAUUUAUUAUACGUGUGGCUGUCUUAGGACGAAGCAGGUAUUUCUGGGUAUAUGCAGAAUUAGAUAAUCGUUGAUUAUGUAGAGACAAUGCUCCGUAGAGAUGUCAAGAAAAUAUGUCGUGUUUCAGUGUAUUUCAGUGACUUCCCGUUUGGGCUGUAGGGCGUGCGAAAGAAAUUGACAUACAUACAUACGCUCGAAAAACAUUAAAAAUGUUUGGCGCUAGAAGGUAAGCGCCAUCUAUGAAGCAAUUAGGAUACUAAUUUUUGAACUGGACGUAACACCACAACGCUAAGCCUGUACUGUCAGAUAGCUCAACUUCAUAUGUAGAAAGAAGUCAAGCUUAUUGUAGUUUUGCUACUCGCCGCUAGAUGGCCAAUAAGAGUAAAAAUCAGCGUUGGUAGACGGUACUCGCAAAGUCAAACAAAAAAUAAGCUUGUACACAAUAAUAAUCUGAUUAAUCUGUCAAUGUCAAUCUCUUACAGAACGGUACUUCGUACUAUUUACUUAUUUAUUUCGUAAAUUUAUUAAUUUUUGUGUUGUGUGGACUGUCUUAUAGACUUUAAAUAGAUAAGAUGGAAUUAGAAGUGGCAGUUGUGAAACAGGACGCCGGCUUGUGUCGGUGCUGCCAUUCCGAGGGAUGCUUUAAAGACUUAAAUGAGGAGUAUGUUUGGAUGGAUGAAACUGUAAAUUACGGCGAAAUGUUACAGGAGUGUUUUAAUAUUAAGAUAUUACAAUACUCCAACGGCAAUGGCAUCAACGGAGCCUCCACGCUCAUCUGUGAAGACUGUGCGGUGAGGCUACGGGAAGCCUGCAUAUUCCGGAAGCAAGUACUCAGCAAUGAGAAGAAAUUGGCAGAGUUACUUGGACACGUGGAGCCUGAAGAUUCUAAAGAGCAGGCGUUCACCAUCAAGGUGAAAACGGAGCCCCAAGAAAUUGAUAUUGAGGAGCAUGGAGUCGCAACUCAGUCUUACACAACUCCCGCGGAUGGCGGCAACCAGGUCUACAUACAGCUGGAGCCCUUGGACGACUGCGAGGACCAUGGCGACAGAUUAACACAUAACACAGAUUCCAACGAGCAAGCCGAGCCUGCUAAGAAACGGGCUCGGAAGAAACCGGCCAAACGAAAAGGCGAAGACGGAGACGCAUCUCUGAAAUGGGUGCGAUCGAAAACUCCUAAACAAAAACAAAUUGAAAACCUACAAACUAUACUCGAAUUUUCAAACGCCGUUCGCUUCAAAAAUAAAACCUAUUUAGGUUAUAUCUGCGGCGACUGUGACUUGACUUUUCUAGAACCUUCCGACUUAAGAACGCACACAGAAGAGGUACAUAAGGAAGAUCGUUUAAUUUUAGACAUGCAAGCGUUAAAAAUAACUUACAUUGGCGUUAAAUUAGAUAUAUCGGAUUUAAAAUGUACGAUAUGUUUCGAAAACAUGGACAGUUUGUCAGAUUUUAAGGAGCAUAUAGUAAAAGUUCAUGAUAAGGUAUUUCAUAAUGAUAUAAAAGAUCACAUAUUCCCGUUUAAGUUACAUAAAAGCUUGAAUAACUGUGUUCUCUGUGAUUCCAAUUUCGAAAGCUUUAGAGGAUUAUAUCUGCACAUGCAUACUCAUUUCAAAAAUUAUAAUUGUAAUAAAUGUGGUGCUACUUUCGCUUUUAAUAAAGCCUUGAGUUCGCAUACUUAUACACAUAAGGAAGGCCAAUUUGUAUGUGAGCAUUGUGAGAAAGUUUGUAGUAAUAAAGCCAACCUACAUCAUCAUAUUAAAAUGGUGCAUUCAGCUGAGGGCAAAGUGUCUUACUGCCCGUACUGUAAGGAGAAAUUUUCUUCUUACUAUAUGAGGAAUCGUCAUUUGAUAGAGGCGCACGAUUCUGAUGUGUUUAAAUGUACAGUUUGUAGUGAACGAUUUGCUAUAAAGGCGGUUUUGUUGCGUCAUAUGAAAGUUGCGCAUAAGAUGUAAACUUUUUGACCCUGCACGUUUUUAUGUCACUACCGCGGGCUUCCCUCAGGUGGGAUUAGAAAGAUUCGCGUGCUGGCUACGGCCCUUGAGCCGUAGGCCUCAAGCCUUGACGAUGAUGGCUCGAUGGUAUAGUAAGGCAAUACCAGUCUUCAUUAUUUACUCGUCUUUGUCUUUGUUUACAUCUUGCGUAGUUUUAAGUCCAUAUUUAAUGCAAUUUUAUUUGUAGACUAUAGCAUAGCAAGUAAUUAUUUAUUCAUAUUUAUAAAAUAAAUGGUAUUAAAUUGUUUUCAAGUA